UACGUAGCGCCAAGAGCUUCUGUUCCCUGCGUGCUGUCCCGGCGGAGGCUCUUGCCGGGUUUUUGCCACCGGGUUAAGAGGCUCCAUCCCUCCGGGUGCAGCCUCCGCCGGACGGUGCCCGUGGUAAACGCGGUGUAUUUGCUUGUCCCUGUGUUUCUCCAAAGGUACGGACUGGUCUGUCUGGAGCCAGGCGCACACACUAUUAGUGUGCUCCGAGCAGGUGAGAGGGGCAAGACGGUGAGCAAGUGGCGGCGCUGCCCGUGCGCUCGGUCUGACGCGGUGGCCCCGCAAGGCUCUCGUCACUCCGUCCCUGCGCUUCCCUCCCUGGCGUGCUGUGCACUCGUUCUGCCGUGGGAACCCAGGCGGGCGGGCGAGCGGCCGCAGCCGCGCGUGUGCGCGCGGGUCCGUCUGCCGGUACGAAGCGUAAACGGGGGCAGCGGGCGGCGGCGGGCGCAGUCUGGCGGCGGGCCGCAGGGUGGCGUUCCCGGUCAAGGCGUCGCCGAUCGGCUGCGAGCGCGGAGGCGGCCGAGACCGACACUGCCCAGCCCAGCCCAGCCCGGCCGGGCAGCAGUUGCGGCGGCGAGCAGCGGUGAGCGGUGCCCCGUGCCAUCCGCUGCCGGACCGCGGCAGCUACGUUCAGUGUGGGCAGCCGGACUUGUCAAGAAAGGAACGAGGGAGAGAGGGAGUGCACCCGACCGCGUCUGCCGCGCUGCUGCCGGGCGCCGCUUUCCGCGGAGGACUGAGAGGGCGAUCCGCGAGACGGAGGCUGUCCCGAACCGGCCCGACAUGGCGAUCGCAAGGCAAGUGCUUUGUCUCUCUGCUUUCCUGUCCCUGCCGCACGCUCGCUCCCAGCCCCUGCGCUACUCCGUAGCCGAGGAGGGGGAGAGCGGCUCGGUGGUAGGCAACGUGGCGGAGGACGCGGGGCUGGCCCCGGCGCAGCUCUCGGCUCGCCGCGCCCGCCUGGCCUCGGAGGACGGCCGGCAGCACUUUCGCUUAGAGCGCGGCACCGGCCGCCUGCUCGUGGCGGAGAGGCUGGACCGGGAGGAGCUGUGCGGGCAGGCCGCUACCUGCACGCUGCCCUUCGAGCUGGUGCUGGCUAACCCCCUGCAGUUCUUGCGGGUCGAGGUGACCGUGGAGGACAUCAAUGACCAUGCGCCCGUUUUCCCGGAGGAACAAAUUACUUUUAAGAUGCCGGAAACGAGCAACCCGGGCUCACGUUUCCCAUUGGAGGGAGCUCGGGACCUGGAUAUUGGCAACAACAGCAUCCAGACUUACAGCAUCUCUCCUGCGAAUGACUACUUUAGUAUAUCUUUUGGGAACUGGAAAAAGGGCAAGAAGUACGCGGAACUGGUCUUGGAAAAGCCGCUAGACAGAGAGGAACAGUCAGAGAUUUAUUUCAGACUCAUUGCCAUGGACGGGGGCUCUCCACCCAGGAGUGGAACUACACAAAUUCACAUUGUAGUUCUAGAUGCCAAUGACAAUGCCCCGGUCUUCACACAGGAGCUUUAUGUUGUGAAGAUUUUGGAAAAUGCGCCAGAGGGCUCUGUAGUUCUCAGUGUGGUGGCAACUGAUCAGGAUGCAGGACGUAAUGGGGACAUCUCCUAUCAGUUCAGCCAAGCAGUGAGCCACAGUGACUUCGCAUUUGUCAUUGACCAUAUGAGUGGUGAAAUUAAACUCACAAAGCCUCUGGACUUUGAGACAGCAGAGAAUCACGAACUCAGUGUUCGAGCCACUGAUGGUGGUGGCCUCUCAGCACUCUGCAGGGUGUUGGUGGAGGUGGUGGAUGUGAAUGACAAUGCACCCGAACUGGUGGUCAGUUCCUUCAGCAGCCCCCUCCCUGAGAAUGCGUUACCCGGGACAGUGGUCGCCCUCUUUAACGUGAAGGACAGAGAUUCUGGAGCCAACGGGAAGAUCUCCUGUGCCCUUGAGGAUCAGCUGUCCUUCUCCCUGCAUCCAGCCUAUAAGAAUUACUAUGAGCUGGUGACUGUGAGAACACUGGACCGGGAAGAGACUGCACAGUACAUCCUCAGUGUCACAGCAACUGACGCGGGGUCACCUCCUCUCACAACCACCCAGACCUUCACAGUGGACAUCUCUGAUGUGAAUGAUAAUGCACCUGUCUUCAACCAGACAUCGUACACCAUGUAUGUGCGUGAGAAUAAUGUCCCCACAGUGCUUGUUGGAGCUGUGAGUGCUGCAGAUGCCGACACAGGGUCCAAUGCCAAGGUGACCUAUUCCCUGUUACCAGCCCACCCCACAGAGCAGCCUCCCUGCUCCUGCAUCUCUGUGAACUCUGAGAAUGGGGAUGUGUUUGUGCUGCGGCCUCUGGACUAUGAGCAAGUGAAGCAGAUUGAAGUCUUAGUGCGUGCCUCUGAUGCUGGGUCUCCUGCCCUCAGUGCCAAUGUCACUAUCAGCCUUGUUGUGGUGGAUGAGAAUGACAAUGCGCCACUCGUGCUGUACCCCUCGCAGGACAGCAGCCCACCAUCCAGUGAGUUGGUGCCCAUGUCAGCUGAUGCAGGGUACCUGGUCACAAAAGUGGUGGCUGUUGAUGCCGACUCAGGGCAGAACUCAUGGCUCUCGUACCACCUGCUGAGGGCCACCGACCCCGGGCUGUUUGUGGUGGGUGCCCAAAGUGGGGAGGUGCGGCUGAGGAGGCCAGUGACAGAGAGAGAUGCUGUAAAGCAGAAGCUUGUUGUUCUGGUGCGAGACAACGGGCAACCACCACUCUCAGCCACAGCCUCACUGAGUGCACUUCUGCUCAGUGACUUCUCAGACGUACGCAUAACACACAGCAGCCUGGCUGUGGAGGAUGAGGGUGAUUCCAUAACAAUGUAUUUAAUCAUUUCAUUGGUCUUUGUUUCACUCCUCUUCCUUGCAUCCAUGGGAGCCUUUUUUGUUCACAAGGUGUGCAAAAGAAAGGAGCUGAAAGGUGGGCAUGUGCUUUAUGGUGCUGGAAAUUUACAGAGUGGCCUGGCUGAUGCAGCUGCUGCAGGGACCCUGCCCCACCCCUAUUGCUAUGAGAUCAGCUUCACAACAGACUCAGGCAACAGUGAGUUCAAGUUCCUGAAGCCCAUCCUCCCCAACCUGCCACCACAGCACUGCACCACGGGUGGGGUCACUGAUGAUGAACAGGAUUUCUCCUGUGUCCCUAUCACCAUGGAUGAUGUGGCGCCAGCCCACCCAGGGGUGCUCUCUGUAGAGCAGUUCAACAGUCUUUCCUUUAAGUACAGCGCGGUGCUGUGGCUGCGGGUGCUGGACGUGAACGACAACGCGCCGGUGUUCGCGGAGGCGCGCUACAGCGCCCGUGUGCCCGAGAACAACGCGGCGGGCGCGCUGGUGCUGAGGGUGCGGGCGUGGGACGCGGACUGGGGGCAGAACGCACGCGUGCGGUACCGGCUGGGGGAGGGGCGUGUGCGGAGCGCGCCGCUGUCGUCGUCCGUGUCGGUGGAGGCGGAGACGGGCGCGCUGUACGCGCUGCGCUCGUUCGACUACGAGGAGGUGCGCGAGGUGGGGCUGUGGGUGCGGGCGGAGGACGGCGGCGCGCCGGCGCUGAGCAGCAACGUGUCGGUCGGUGCGGCUGGUGAUCGUGGACGAGAACGACAACGCGCCGCAGGUGCUCCCAGCCCGGCCGGGCAGCAGUUGCGGCGGCAGCGAGCGGUGCCCCGUGCCAUCCGCUGCCGGGCCGCUGCAGCCGCCCUCCGGGUCGCCAGCCGGACUCGGCGAAAAAGAAGGAGGGAGAACACGGGACCGCGCUGCCGUGCUGCUGCCGGGUGCCGCUUUCCGCGGAGGACUGCGCGGGCGAUCCGCGAGACGGAGGCUGUCCCGGACCGGCCCGACAUGGCUCUCGCAAGGCAAGUGCUUUGUCUCUCUGCUUUCCUGUCCCUGCCGCACGCUCGCUCCCAGCCCCUGCGCUACUCCGUAGCCGAGGAGGGGGAGAGCGGCUCGGUGGUAGGCAACGUGGCGGAGGACGCGGGGCUGGCCCCGGCGCAGCUCUCGGCUCGCCGCGCCCGCCUGGCCUCGGAGGACGGCCGGCAGCACUUUCGCUUAGAGCGCGGCACCGGCCGCCUGCUCGUGGCGGAGAGGCUGGACCGGGAGGAGCUGUGCGGGCAGGCCGCUACCUGCACGCUGCCCUUCGAGCUGGUGCUGGCCAACCCCCUGCAGUUCUUGCGAGUCGAGGUGACCGUGGACGACAUUAAUGACCAUGCGCCCAUUUUCCCGGAGGAACAAGUCACUUUUAAGAUCCCUGAAAGGAGCGACCCGGGCUCACGUUUCCCCCUGGAGGGAGCUCGGGACCUGGACGUUGGCAGCAACAGCAUCCAGGCUUACAGCAUCUCUCCCGAGAAUGAGUACUUUAGUGUGUCUUUUGGGAAUCACAGUCAUGAUGAGAUGUACGUGGAACUGGUUUUGGAAAAGCUGCUAGACAGAGAGGAGCAGGCAGAGAUUGGUUUCAGUCUCAUUGCCAUGGAUGGCGGCUCUCCACCCAGGAGUGGGACUAUAGAAAUCCACAUUGUUGUUCUGGAUGUAAAUGACAAUUCUCCAGUCUUCACACAGAAAGUGUACUUUGGGAAGGUUUUGGAAAAUGCACCAGAGGGCUCUGUUGUUCUUAGUGUGGUGGCAACAGAUCUGGAUGCAGGACGUAAUGGGGACAUCUCCUAUCAGUUCAGCCAAGCAUUGAGCCAGAGUGACUCCACAUUUUUGAUUGACCCUGUGAGUGGUGAAAUUAAACUCACAAAGCCUCUGGACUUUGAGGCUGCAGAGAAAUAUGAGCUCAGUGUGCGGGCCAGUGAUGGUGGUGGCCUGUCAGCAAUCUGCAAGGUGUUGGUGGAGGUGGUGGAUGUGAAUGAUAAUGCACCCGAGCUGGUGGUCAGUUCCUUCAGCAGCCCCCUCCCUGAGAAUGCAUUACCUGGGACAGUGGUCGCCCUCUUUAAUGUGAAGGACAGGGAUUCUGGAGCCAAUGGGAAGAUCUCCUGUGCCCUUGAGGAUCAGCUGUCAUUCUCCCUGCGUCCGGCUUAUAAGAAUUACUAUGAGCUGGUGACUGUGAGCACACUGGACCGGGAAGAGACUGCACAGUACAUCCUGAGUGUCACAGCAGCAGACAUGGGGUCACCUCCUCUCACAACCACCCAGACCUUCACAGUGGAUGUCUCUGAUGUGAAUGACAAUGCACCUGUCUUCAACCAGACAUCAUACACCAUGUAUGUGCGUGAGAAUAAUGUCCCCACAGUGCUUGUUGGAGCUGUGAGUGCUGCAGAUGCCGACACAGGGUCCAAUGCCAAGGUGACCUAUUCCCUGGUACCAGCCCACCCCACAGAGCAGCCUCCCUGCUCCUGCAUCUCUGUGAACUCUGAGAAUGGGGAUGUGUUUGUGCUGCGGCCUCUGGACUAUGAACAGGUGAAGCAGAUUGAAGUCUUGGUGAGUGCCUCUGAUGCUGGGUCUCCUGCCCUCAGUUCCAAAGUCACUGUCCGACUUGUUAUGGUGGAUGAGAGUGACAAUGUGCCACUGGUGCUGUACCCCUCACAGGACAGCAGCCCACCAUCCAGUGAGCUGGUGCCCAUGUCAGCUGAGGCCGGGUACCUUGUCACCAAAGUGGUGGCUGUCGAUGCUGACUCGGGGCAGAACUCGUGGCUCUCGUACCACCUGCUAAGGGCCACUGACCCCGGGCUGUUUGUGGUGGGUGCCCAAAGUGGGGAGGUGCGGCUGAGGAGGCCCGUGACAGAGAGAGAUGCUGCGAAACAGAAGCUUGUUGUUCUGGUGCGAGACAACGGGCAACCACCGCUGUCAGCCACAGCCUCACUGAGUGCGCUUCUGCUCAGUGACUUCUCAGACGUGCGCAUAACGCACAGCAGCCUGGCCGUGGAGGAUGAGGGUGAUUCCCUAACAAUGUAUUUAAUCAUUUCAUUGGUCUUUGUUUCGCUCCUCUUCCUUGCAUCCAUGGGAGCCUUUGUUGUUCACAAGGCGUGCAAGAGAAAUGAGCUGAAGGGUGGGCAUGUGCUUUAUGGUGCUGGAAACUUACAGAGUGGCCUGGCUGAUGCAGCCACUGCAGGGACCCUGCCCCACCCCUAUUGCUAUGAGAUCAGCCUCACAACAGGCUCAGGCAACAGUGAGUUCAAGUUCUUGAAGCCCAUCCUCCCCAGCCUGCUACCACAGCACUGCACCACAGGUGUGGUCACUGAUGAUCAACAGGAUUUCCCCCGUGACCCUAUCACCCUGGAGGAUGUGGCACCAGCCCACCCAGGGAUGGUCUCUGUAGAGCAGUUCAACAGUCUUUCCUUUAAGUAGUGUGGAGUCAGCACAGUCAGAGACUUAAGGCCUCAUGAGGGGAAGGGAUGUGGGCUUCAACAUAUGGCAAUGGUUCCUUUAGAGUAAAUCUCAAUUUGCAAUUGUUGUCACUGAUUUGCCUCAAAUGUUAAGUACAGGGAAAGAUUGGUUUCCCCUCCAAAAAAAAAGAAAAAACAAAACCACCAAACAACACCCAUAAUCCCCUAACGGUUUUCUGCUAGGAAACAAUGUUUCAGCUGCGGUGAAGCUGUUUCUGAAAUGCUUCAAGAGUGGGACUAGUUCCAGUGCCCCAGAUAAUUUCCUGUCUCACCUGCUGUAGAGGGCCUCUUUUUCUCUGCUGUAACACAACGGCACUAUUGGACAGACAGAUCACCUGCUUGCUGAAAUGCACGUAGCCCUUCUCCUGGGUCAGGAAAGCAAGGAAGUUGUGAGUACUGUGUUACAAUGUGGUGCAAGCAUGGGGCUUUUUCUGCUCUGGGUUCUGGAUGUUUCUGUGUCUGAGAUGUAUGGGCUUUGUGUGUUUUGCUUUCUGGCCACUAUGUUUGUCCAUACUGCCAGUUUGUGGCUGCAUAUGCUGCCGUAGUGCUGCCUGUUGAAGCAGGGAGCUGCUCACAUCCAACUGGUUGUGAUGCAAUGUAGAUAUCCUUACCCUUGGAGAACAGCAAUCUUGUUUUCUCUAGGGGAGAACAGCAACAUGCAGAAUGAGAUUUUGGCAUGUGUGAUGAAGGUGCACACACAGGCUGUCUGCUUGGGAUUGGCUUGAAAUUAUAGCAACACAAACAACCUUCUCAUAGAGUGUAACUGUAAAGAGUUGUAAAGAUACAUUAUCUUUGAGUUCAUUGUAAGGAAACUCCAGAAUUCACUUCAAAGGAGUUUGUCUGAAGAUAGAAUCAUUACGUGCUUGGAAAUGGGUUAUUGAAUUUGUUCUUGUCAUUGUUGUUCGCAAAUUCAGAGGCUUCAUGAUGGGUGUACAAAGCUCUCUGAGGUGAUUUUCAGGGUUUGCUGAGACCUUUGGCAUUCUCCUUUUUGCCCUUUGUCCUUUUGCUUUGUGGACUAUGUUUGAGCAUGGUCUUACCUAUUCUUCUUAAGAAGGACUGCAAUCCCAUGUAUAAUAACAGACUGUUUGAUAGAGUGUAGUGUGGCAUGGAAUAUUUGGAAACAUUCAGGCUGUGUUGUGCUGCACUUAUAAACUGUAGCAUUGUUAACCACAAUACCGUUGUGUGUAAAAGUGAAAUAAACACCUCAAUGCUGUGUGUGGA